GCAGCCCUGCCUCCCCCUCGUGCCUUCCGAAGGAUCUCUGCUUUGGCCGUUAUCGCGGGCCGUCUGCCUCGGCCACAAAGUGGGGUGCCCUGGCAUGCUGACGGGCCCCUGAGGAGCCCACUUACGGAAGCGAACCCCAUUUCGCACGAACCAGUGCGGUCUCCCACGGCUCCAUGGGACCGAGCAAGGGGGUGCGGCCUGCGGGAGGCGGUGGCCAGCGCACGAGGUCCCGCCCAAGCCCGGCCCCUGGAGCGCUUUGUAACCACGUCCUUCUGCCCGCCUCUUCCUCUUUCUCUCCUCGCCAUCGUCGUGUGCGCGGUAGCUGCUCCUCCUCGCCAUGUCUUCUCACAAGACUUUUAGGAUCAAGCGAUUCCUAGCCAAGAAACAAAAGCAGAAUCGUCCCAUUCCCCAAUGGAUUCGAAUGAAAACUGGUAAUAAAAUCAGGUACAACUCCAAGCGGAGACAUUGGAGAAGAACCAAGCUGGGUCUAUAAGGAAUCACAGAUGAGAUGACACACAUAUUUAUGCUGUAUCAAAGUCCUUCUUACAUCUUACCAUACCACUCUGAAAACGUGACUGUCUGGACAGUUGGAUGUGUUUUAUUCAGGAAUUGAUUUUUCUCUUUGUUGCUAUGCUUCUGAACUAGUAGGUUGGUUCAGUAAUAAAUAUGUGAGACGUUUUGUUUGAA